UUUUCAGAAUUUUUUUCUCGAUUUAAAAAUUUUAUAUUAUUGUUUUCAUGAUAAAAAAGAAUCAUCAUGCCUGUUUAUGAUAGUUUACAAACGGAUAAAAAUGCUGUUGUCUUUGAAUUUGGUACAGCGUAUACAAAAUGCGGUUUUACAUCGGAACCUAGUCCAAGAGCAAUAAUUCCAAGCCAGAUUUAUCUGGAUUCUAUUGAUAAGGUUGUCCACAUUUUCCAAAUUAAAGAUGUUGAACUAUUGUUACGAACGUUGGAGAAAUUCAUACAGAUGAUCUAUUUCAAAUAUCUAGCUGCCAAUCCAAAAGAUAGACGUGUAAUUGUUGUUGAAUCAAUAUUUUCGGAGAAAAUUUUUCGCCAACAAGUUGCACAAGUAUUUUUCAAACGAUUCGAUGUUCCAUCACUGUUGUUUGUUCCAAAUCAUGUUGUCGUUAUGGCUACAUUGGGCAUAAACACUGCAUUAGUAUUUGAUAUUGGCUAUGCCGAAGCGAUUGCCAUACCAAUUUUUGAAGGUAUCACCAUUUUGGAUUCAGUACAAUUUGCACCAUUAGGUGGUAAAUCUUUACAGCUUCGUAUAAUGGAUGAAUUAAUACGGCGGAAACCUACAUAUCGUAAAGAUGGCGAAAAUGUUGAAAUACAACAAGCGACCAUAGAUGAAUCAACAUUGGAAGACAUUAUAUUUCGUACCUGUUUCGUUACAACAUUCGAACGUGGUUCACAAUUGGCCCAGCAAAAACUUAUGAAUAAAGAAGAAGAAGAAUCAACCACCGAUGAUGGUAUCCAAUGCGUGAUUCGACGACCACCACCAUCAGUACGUUAUCCAUUUGGUGGUAAUCAAUUUCUACAGAUACCCGGUUCAUUACGUGAAUCUGUAUGUGAAGUUUUAUUCGAAAUGUAUGGUGAAGAACAUACAUUGGCCACAUUGAUUAUUGAUUCAAUUCUUAAAUGUCCAAUGGAUUGUCGUCGUCGGCUUGCACAGAAUAUCGUAUUGAUUGGUGGCACAUCAAUGAUACCGGGCCUAAAACAUCGCCUGUACAAAGAAAUUGAAUAUCUAACAACGAAAAGUCAACGUUAUAAACCGGUGAAUUUUUCCAAUGAAUUUCAAUUUCAUCAAUUACCGUGUAAAGAAAAUUAUGCUAGCUGGUUAGGUGCAUCGAUUUGGGCUACCUCUGAUCUAUUGACAAUGAGAUCAAUAACGGCUGAACAAUUUGCAAGAAAUAAUGAAACAAUAAGUGAUUGGUCUAAUUUUAAUUUUCUAAUAUCUCCCAACACAUGAAUGAUUUAUUUAUUAAACCACGAAUUUUUCAAUAAUGAAUUUGUCGAUAAUCUUUUAUUGACAUCAUAUUC